AUGGCUAACCUAAAUCCCCCGGCGUACGGGGGAGGUAUCACUGGUUUGGUUGGUAUGCCAAAUAACUCUAGAGUUUUAGCCCCGAUGCACCACUUGGCAAUGGGACAGACACCACCACCUUCACUUAACCCUGCUAUGACAACUUUUGGUCUUGGGUUUCCAACUAUGGUCGCUGCAAACCAUAUGAAUAACCAAAGACAAAUGCAAAUGUCAAUGAGUCAAACUCCCUCACCUCCGAUCCCUCGGAACUCUGUCUACCUUCAGAGGCCAAAUGGAAUCAAUGGAAGAGGCAUUCUAAGAGUGCUUUUGUUUAGUGAAUAUUUAAAUUGCGAAAAUGCACAAAAAAACAAGGACAUAAGUCAUUGGAAAUUAAUGGUAUCAAAUUUCUUUUCAGAGGAUGGAGUAAUUAUAUAUGGGUUAUGGGAUCGUUUAUCUGGAGCAAAUAGAGUUUUCGAAAUACCAAAUCCUGUAAUUUCAAGAUUCUUCCAAGUGAAUUAUGAAUCAGGAGUCACUUCAAUACAAUUAACAUUGAAUAACCUAAAAGAAAGCCUGGGUCCUCCCAUUAAUAGUUACGCAACUAAUAUUACAGUUGAUGCAAAAGCAUCAAUGAUAUAUAAUUAUGAAGAUGGAUCAAGGGUUGUAGCUUCAGGAAAACUAAAGGUUAGACUAAGUAGUAAUUUAAGCAAUAGUUUAAGCAUAGACUGUUUUGAAUUUAUUACAGAAAAGCACAUGGAAUUUGUGCCUCGACAUCAACCUACUUCCCCUGAUAGUCCUAUUAGUUCACUUGCAUUACACGAAUUAAUAGAAAAGUGUAUAUCUUCAAAUAAAGGUCCGCGUCAAACAUUGUAUGCCUUAACAAAUCCUGAACAGCAAUCGCAGACAAUUAUAAAUCCACCGAAUCACACCCCUCCAACACCAGGUCCAUCACCACCUGAACCUACUGCCAAAACGCCAAAAGAAAAAAACGACAAUACAAAUACAGAAAAUAUACAACAACAAUCUAAUAAUACUGAUGUACCAACACCAUCGCCAUCAACAUCAAAUACUAAUAUAAAAACCGAUUCACCAACAUCAAAGUCUGUUAAGUCUCCUUUACUUAACAAUAAAAGGCCAGGUGAAACUACACCUAAACCAAAGAAAAAACGAACAUUACAAAGAAAAAAUAGUCGGCAGGAACCAGGUUUAUGA